AUGGAUGAUGCGAGAUGCAGGAGAUUGAUUGUGUCAAUUGAGCUUGUGCGGUUUAUGUGCCAUGAUCAUCUGUUGAUUAAGUUUGAGAAGCCUUUGACUGUGAUUUCUGGACGCAAUGGUGCAGGAAAGAGUGCAGUAAUGGCGGCAGUUGGAAUAGUGCUUGGACAACGAGCACAGCAUCUUGAGCGUGGAAACAGCAUCAAAGAGCUGAUAAAGAAUAACGAAACGAAUGCAAUAGUGAGAAUUGUGCUUGAUAAUACUAAAGGAUUCAAAAAGGAUUUUUUUGGACAGAGGAUUAGGAUUGAGAAGCGUAUUGGGAUUCGAUCUACGUCUAUGAGUAUUAUGAAUGAUGAUCGUAAGGUCUGGUCUGUCAGGAGGGAAGAUCUUGAGCUUUUGCUUGAUUUUUUUUCAUUAAGGUUUGAAAAUCCAUUGAGCUUCCUUACACAGGAUCAUGCAAAAAGGUUUUUGAAUGUGAUGCAGCCUGAAUUAUUGUAUGAGCUUUUUAUGAGAGGAACGGAGAUUGAUGAGGUCUGUAGAUUGAAUGAAGAGUCUACUACAAAGACUGACUCGAUACGAAAAACUCUUGAAGAUGCGAAGCGUGAGCUUGAAGAGAUAUCAAACAAGAUCGAUGAAGAGGAAAGAUAUUUGAGCAUUGUCAAGAAUUCAAGGGAAAUAGAGAAUUUAAUUAAGACAAUGGAGGAUGAAAUUGAAUGGGCGCGAAUAGCUCAAAAAAAGAAAGUCACUGAGGAGCUCUAUCAAAAGGUUGUUGAGAAGCAACAUGAGCUUGAAGAGUAUGCAAAUACUAUUGGCGUACUUGAGCAUUCUAUUAUGGAAGCACGGGCAAUGAUAGUUGAAAUUGAAAAUGAAGAUGCAGAAAAGAAGAAACUGGCAGAUAAAAGAAAGGAAGAGAUUGCAGAUGCUCUUGCAAGGCUCCGAGCAAAGGACAGAGAGAUUUGUAACGAUUACGAAGAGAUGAAUGCAGCAAAGGAGUUUAAAACCAAGAUAGUUUCUGACUUUGAAAAGCAGAAUGGAGUGGUUCAGAAUGAAUGUCCUCAGCUUGAAUCUAAAUAUUCUGAACUUAUGAUUGAACAAAGGAAUCUAGAAGACUCAAUGGAAGCAAUCCUGGAGAAGUAUGAAGAAUGCAAGAAGAUAGCGGUUAUUGAAGAAGAUAUGAAGAAUGAAAGGAAUGCAAAGAUGUUUCAGCUACGAAAGCAUAUUGAAUUUUAUUCAAGAAGUGAUCGAGAAAGUUUUUUUGGCCCAGGAACUAAGGAACUACUUGCUGAGAUCUCCAGAACAAAAUUUAAUCAGAAAGUAAUUGGGCCUAUUGGAUUAAGAAUAAAACUUAAAGAGCCAAUGUGGGCGAAAGCAGCCAGUAUUAUCCUCAACAAUACCUUGACGACAUUCAUUACAACGGAUAAGAAAGAUAAGGAAAUCUUGUUGAAUAUUUUCAGGAAGCAUAGGGUUAGCUUUCCAAUUUCUAUGCCAUCAUCAAAAGUAGAAAAGGUUUUAGAAUACAAAUCGAAUAUGAAGUACAAGACACUGCUUGAUGUUCUGAGGAUAGAUGAGCCAUUGGUGAUGAAUCACCUAAUAAUAACACAGUCGGUCGAGCAAACGAUUCUGAUUGAGAGUCGAAAGAAUGCAUAUGAGGUAAUAAGAUCAAGACCAAUGUUUGUUGAGUGUGCAUACACUAAGGAAGGAGAUAAGAUAAAGAUGGUUGGGGGAGGGUUGUCUGACUUUGUUACAAGAGGAGUUGAUAAGUUGUAUUUUGAGAACACACAGGAACGACUUGAAAGAUGUAAGGAAGAGCUUCGGAGACUAGAAAUGCAUAAGGAAGGAGAGGUCAAGGUGAAGUUAAAGAUAGCUGAAGAAGAGGUGGCAAGAACAAGUGAGAUGAUAGAGAUAUGCAAAAGACGAGGAAAUGCACUAAAGAUUGAGAUUGAAAAUGCCAAGAGGAUGUAUGAGAUACAACUGGAAGUUGUGCGUGAGGAUGGACUUUAUGAAGAAAUAAGCUGUUUAGAAAAUCAAAUGAAUCUACUUGAAAAAAAGCGGGAUGGAAUACGAAAUGAGAUUGAAAGUCUAAUGAGAGAAGAUGAGACUGUCCGUAAGUGGAAAAGGAUGAACACAAUGGAACUAAAACAGAUGAUAGACAAGCAAGUAAGUGAAGUGGAUGCUACUAAGAUGCGAAGAAAUGCAUGCAAAGAAGAUGUGCAUGUUCUGAAUGAAAAGUACAAAAAAGAGAAAGAAGCGUAUGAACAAGAAGUGAUAAUGCUGAAAAGCAAUGGAACGAAUGAAAUCUUAACAGUAAGACCAGAAAGUGACAUUAUAGAACAAAUAUCUGGUUUAAAAGCACAAGUUGAGAUGUGCGAAAGUUCAAGGGAUGAGUGCGAUGUACAAAAGUCACUUGAGAGUCUAAGAAAGAUGAAGAAGAAGAAAGCCUGCUUGAUUGAUGAAUGUGAAGAGAAGAUUAAUGGUAUUAUUAAUGAUAUACAAUCAAGAGUAGCCAAAAGGAAUCUGAUUAGAAGUACAAUAGCAAAAAAUGCAUCUGAGGAAUUCGCCAGAACAACCAAGAAUCGAGGAUAUGAAGGGUGUCUUGAAUUUGAUCAUGAGAAAAGAACCUUGGAAAUCAGAAUGAAAGUCCAUGGAAACAAGGAAUGUGGAGGAAGAAGCAUGCUUUCUGGAGGAGAGAGAUCAUAUGCAGGUGUUUGCCUGUUGCUAUCAUUAUGGGUAUCUUUGCCAUGCCCGGUUAAGAUACUUGAUGAAUUUGAUGUAUUCAUGGAUAAUUUGAAUAGAAAGCAUAUUAUUAAGCUUCUAUUGCAGUUUUUCAAGGAUCAAGGGUUUCAAGGGAUUCUUAUUACGCCUUUAGGGACUGAAGACCUAUUUGAGGAGUUUUGUGACGUAGUGGUGCUGGAGAAGCCAAGCGACCGUACGUGA